UUUAUUUUAAAUGUUUUCCAGAGAGGAGCAUGCGGGACCCUAGAAUAGACAGAGCCAUUGGAGUUUGCAAGAAAAUGGUCGCUGCUUUUUCCAGCAGCUGGAAAAAGAAAAAAGCUCUUGCUGAUGCACAAGAGCAGCUUAAGCUUCCUCAACACAAACUGAUCACAGAGUCACCAACAAGAUGGGGCUCAAGACAGCGCAUGAUUGAGAGGUUUCUUGAGCAAGAAAAAGCCAUUCGUCAUGUUUUAACUGCAGACAAAAAGCACAGGCACCUUGUGCCAACAUGGCAAGAUGUUGAGGUGCUGGAGGCAGUAAGCAAAGUUCUGGCGGUGAAGUCUGAUGACACAGAGCUUACCAAAAAAAUCAAACAAACCAUUUUGGAGUACCUGAACACAAAGUACUCUGAAGACUGUGUGGAAGAGUUGUUGAGUUUGGCAUCCACACUUGACCCACGGUUCAAAAACCGCUAUAACAAUGAUGGCAGGAUCAAAACCAUUGAGACAGCAGUGACUGCAGAACUCUUAGCUAUGGUGACAGAGGAAGACAGCCCUACCCCAGGCCCAUCAACUGCUGCUCAGGCUACAACAGUGGAACCUGAAGCAGGUGACGCCUCUGAGCCAGCAAAAAAGACCAAAAAGUCUUUUGGCAGUUAUUUCAAGAAACCACAGGAAUUCAGAGGCGAGUCUCUGCACAUUGCUAUAGAAAAGGAGAUCCAGAGCUACUUAAUGAUACCAGAGGUGGACAGUGAUGUAAACCCACUUGACUGGUGGAAAACACAAGAAAUAAAUUUCCCCAGACUUGGGAAACUAGCAAAAAAGUACCUAUGCAUCCCUGCCUCAAGCAGCCCUUCUGAGAGGGCUUUCAGCACAGGAGGAAAUAUUGUUACAUGUCACCGUGCAGCUCUCAAGCCAGAUGCUGUGGACAGGCUGGUGUUUUUAUCACACAACUUGAAACGCAUGUAGAUCCAAAGAAACCCAGUUAAUGGCAAAAAAUUGUUCAAGCUGCUGAAAGCCUGUUUCCUCUGUUCAAGUGACUUUUACAUUAUAAAGGCUAUUUUACCUUUUAGUCUUUAAAUCAGUAUAUUUUUUUCUUUAGUGCAAGAUUUGACAAAUCUGAAGGGUUUCUAAUUUUACAGCUGUUACAGCCGUUUACUUUUUGUGCAAUAUUGGACAGAACUUUAAGUCAGUAAUUUAAUUGAGAGAAUAAAUGGGCUAGUUUUUUGUAUUUUUGACUAUAGCACAUUUUACAGAAGGGAGUAAUUUGUUUACAAAGAUUUUCUAGUGAUGUU